AUGGAACGCACAAGGCGCGCCCGAGCCGGCGACCAACGGACGGACGACGAUCCUCUAGUCGAGGCCCUGGACGAGCUCGGCGGCGGCUCUGCAUUUCUUUGGAUGGUCUUUUUCUUCACCGUCUUUCCUACCGUCUUUGCCGGCAUGCACUCCAAUACUUACAUCUUCAUUGCCGAGAUCCCGAGCCACUGGUGCGCAGUGCCGGAAUUGAGCGCAGCCAAUUGGACGGCCGAGCAAAUCCGUGAGGUGUCGUCGGCAGACUCGUGCAGCAAGUACGACUACGAUUACUCGCACUUGGCCGAAAUCGGCUUCGAGGAAUCCUUGAAAUACGUUGCCGAGCAUCACGAAAGUGUCGGCGUGGUCGGCUGCAUGCAGUAUAAUUACGCGGACGACGUCGAACGAAAGUCUAUGGUCGAAGAGUGGGACUUGGUGUGCCGCGACGCUCCGAAGCGCGCGACCACCCACAUGGCCCUGUCACUGGGCAAACUGCUGGGCUCGGCCGUCUUAGGUGUAAGCUCCGAUCGCUACGGCAGAAAGGCCGUCUACGCUCUCGGCAUAGUGAUGUUCGCCAUCGCUGGACCUGCCAGUGCGUACGUGCCGUGGUACUGGGCUUUCGUCGUUCUCAGGCUCUUGACUGGCGUCAGCUUCUCGGCCACCCAGUUUUCUUCCCUCACCACGCUGACAGAGGUGGCGGGCAACACGCACAGACAGUGGACGGCUAUAGUCUUCAAUUGUGGCUUUGCCAGUGGCUCGAUCCUCGUCGCUGGAAUAUCUUAUUUGGCCAGCCAGUGGAGACAGGUCCAAGUGGCCACCUCGCUACCUGCACUCGUGCUGCUACUGUUCGCGUGGUUCAUGCCGGAAUCCCCGCGAUGGCUACUCUCGCAAGGCAAGCGCGACAAGGCUCGCGCAAUCCUCGAAAAGUAUCGCGGGCCAAUCAGGCACGACCCGCGCGACUUGUCUCACGGCCUGCGAAGGUCCGACGGAGAGGCGCACGCCAUUGGCGAUCGCAGAGCCCAAGGCUCCUUGCUCUCCGAUCAGGUGAAAGGUCUGAAGAUUAUAUUCGGCAAUGCCGAACUGCAGCGGAGAGCUUACAUUUCGUACUUCACCUGGAUGAGUGCAUCGCUCACCUACUACGCGUUAGCUCUGAACGUGGACAAUAUCUCGGUGAACUACUACCUGUACGCGGUACUGCUGGGAGUAACCGAGAUCCCAGCCUACCUGCUUCCAAGCCCAAUCCUCAUGCUGAUGGGUCGGCGGCUGGCAAGUUCAGCAUUGUUCGCGAUCUGCGGAGCGCUGCUGCUGACCGUGCUGGCGUUGGCGCACCAAUGGACCGGAGCCAUCGUGACGGCCAGCCUCGUGGCUAGAUUCGCGCUCUCGGCCGCCUACGGCAUCUUCAUCCUCUACACCUCCGAGUUGUUCCCGACGAUGUCGCGAAACUCGGCUCUGGGCACGAGCUCCUCGAUGGCCAAUGUUGGCAGCAUAAUAGCUCCGUUCAGCGUCGACUUUCUGGGCAUUUUGGCAUGGUGGGCUCCGAGCACUCUGUGCGGCACGCUGGCCCUCCUCGCCGCGUUCACGUGUCUCGCCUUGCCGGAGACUCGCGGCCGACCGCUUGCCGACACCGUUGAGGAAGAAGUCGCCGACGGACGCGGUAUUGUCUCCUUCGCGCACACCUUCAAGUGCGUCAGGUGAUCGGAACCACUUCGACCAAUACGUCCAAUUCCGAAGAUUGUGCACGCCAGCAGAGCACGCAAAGUGCCUGUUCGAUCUUGCGAUUGCAUUUCCGGCUAAUCUGUGCGCGCACAACUAAUCUCUUCAAAUCGAACGGAGAGUCUUACGGGCAAGUGCCAAUCCAAUCACUUUCCAAUUGGAGACCGGUCAUCUGACAAAUAUUAUCAACUACAAAUGCUUGGCAACGGUCAACUGUUAUUCUUCCAAUGGAAAAAACUGCAAGAUAGUUUCACCUAGAUCGACCUAUCGUUUCAUCUUGGAACGUGUAUUUCACUGAUUUACCAAUCGUAUAUUCUAUAUUGGAGCAGUAUUCCUAUUACAGGCAUACGAUAAUAAUUGUAAACGUGAUAGUCGCUUUCAAAAGCCAGAAGCAUCUAUACCAGGUGUAUGAGAAUAUUAUAACCGAUACUACAUUUUUCACAAAUCUGUCAACUCGCUAUCGUCUUCUUUUCACAGCUAGUAUCUUAUGAAGCUCAAAGACUACUUCCAAUAAGUACAACAAUCUGUUUUCUGGUAGUGCGCGCAUUUUUUCUCCGAUUCAGCUUAGUGAUACGUGCUAACGAAUGCUAUUCAACCCCAAUAUUAUAAUACGAGCUGCUUCACAACCAAUUUUUAUUAUAAAAGGCCAAAAAUAACUGUAUGUGAAAUUACGAAAUUCGAUUGAAAAAACAAUUUCUCCCAUUGACAAUCUAACGAUUUUCGUGUAUAACUAUAAAACUCAUAAUCUACAACUGACAGCAUCGUCUUUAAGAACGCAUAGUAAAAUACUGCCAGCAAACAAGUUAUCUUUCAAAUAAUCGAUAUAAUUAAACAAUUUUUGUUUAGUAGGCUAUUAACAUAGCAGCGAUAGUAAAAAUUAUGUAGAUCUAUCCAAAAUAAUCCGUUUGUAUUUAUUGCUCAUGAUCGCAAUCUUCACCUAUUUAACUCUUGCGGGCUGUAUACACAAUCUAUAGAUCAUCAAUCUAUAGAUUACGCAUGCAGCUCUCCCUCUCUC